AUGGCAUUCCACCUCAGAUCCGCGAGUGCGCCUUCCAGCCCUCGCUCUGCCAAAACCGACGUCGAAGAACAGCUGCAGAGCCUCGAGGAGAUCGUCUCCUCACCCUCUGCAACAAUUGAAACAAUGUGCAAUGGUUUCAGGAGACUUACAGAUGUGUACAGCUGCAUGGAUGAGAUGAUGUGCUUGCCCAGCUUCAGGCUUCAGCAGAGGAGAGCUGUGGAGCAAGAGCUGGAGCGGUCUCUCGCCUUGCUUGACCUCUGCAACGCCAUGCAAGAGAGCUUCUCUGAGCUCAAGGCGAGCACCCAGGAGAUGCAGUUGGCCAUCAAGAGGGGUGAUGAUGCAGCAGUUCAGUCCAAGGUUCAGGCUUACACCCGCCUGACCAAGAAGGCGCAGAAACAGUUCAAGAAGAUCAACAAGAAGUCUGCUUCAGAAGACCAGGAGGGUUGCAGGGUGGUCAAGCUGCUGGCUGAUGCCAGAGAGAUCGCUCUCUCGGUGCUUGAAUCAACUUUGCACCUCCUGUCAAAGCAGAUUGCGAUGCCAAGUCAAAGCAAGUGGUCUCUUGUCUCCAAGGCAUUCCAGAAGACAAGGGUUACAUGCCAGGAGGAGCAAUUACAGGCGUUGGAGUUGGACAUCGUUGAUCUUGAGAGCGGAGUUGAGACUUUGUUCAGGAGAUUGAUCCAGAGCAGAGUUUCUCUUUUGAAUGCUCUUAGCUUGUAG